AUGACCCAAGAUGCGACCGUGCCAAAAUUGGUCACCGUCAUAAUAACAACUUCGCCAACUCCAUCCGCGCCUUCAACCGAGCUUGUCUCAGCGGUCCUCCAGUCAUUUGAAAAGCAUUGCCAAGCUUUGACGUUGUGUAAUGCUAUUGUUGUUUUCGACACUUUUGAUCAGAUAGUACCUACAGCACGAUUGAAGAAAGGACAAGUGACACCGCAACAAGCAGCAGAUUUUGACGAAUACAAGAAGAAUGUCAAGGACCUGAUACUGACAAAAUACCGCCAUGUCGGUGCUGAGUUCACCCAACGCCGUGCUACGGCGGAAUAUGGUAGUCCCAAUCCCCAGAACACCGUUGAUUACACGAUAUCGCAAACAGGUGACAAGAAGGUCACCUUUAUAGAGCCGUCAAGACGCCUAGGAUUCGGUCUGGCAGUCAGAUCAGCUUUGAGGGUAACUCAAACUCCUUUUGUCUGGGUGCAGCAACAUGACUGGGCUUUAGUUGCAGACCUUCCGAUGGCACCUCUUGUACAAAUCAUGAAAGCAUACGAUUCGCACCCAGAAACUCCAAUCAAGUAUAUAUGCUUAGCUGCUAUUCGUAUGCUCUCGCAUGCCAUAUCAGAACAACAUCCAGUCCUACGAGAGCUAUCAUCAUCCCUUACACAAAAAUACGAAGAUCCGAUACAUCCUGGCGUCAAGAUACCCUUGACGCCGAUUUACUUCUGGCAUGAUAAACCCCAUCUUGCGUCAACAGCACAUUACCUCGAGAGGGUAUUCCCCUCACGGUUGGCUAUGCUGCGAGGAGACUUUAUUGAGGACAAGAUCGGACAAAGAGCUCGUGCCCAGAUGAAGGAAGGCCUCGCACUUGCUGACGACAAGCAGUGGACGAAAUGGGCUACUUGGCUUUACUACCCUGAUGACGGGAAACAGCUAUGUUUGAAACACCUGCAGGGGAGGACUUGGGCAGGAGCUGAACGACAAGCCGAUAGGGCUGCUAUGUGGAGACAAAGGAAUGAGGCUGAACGGGCAGCUCAAGAAGACGGCUGA